GUUUGAAAACGUCCCGACGCAGCCGAGCCGCGUCUCAAGUGCUGCAAGUGCGGCGCGUUUUCGGAAAUGGGCCGGACAGUGCUGCCGCGCGCCCCGCCCGCCUUGCUCUACUGCUUAUUUUCGGCCCACCCCCUUCCGCUAUGUCUAUUGCAGCCUGCCCGGCCGUUUGACCUAUCGGCGCUCGCAACAGCUUCUGCGUCCGUGCGCGUGCUUCUCCGCCGGCACAGCCGAGCCCGCCAGCCACUUGCUUGGGUUUGUUCUCUGAUGGCCUUCGACCCGGCAGUGGUUGCCCGGGCGCGGUCGGGCGACUGGCGCCCGGUUUUGCGCCGUGACAACCCGCGGCGGGCAAGCGCGGCGGCAUUUCCUGCUCCUGUCUGGCUGUUGGUUCGGUGGGCUUUGUUUUCUACCGCGCGGGCGCGACCCUGUCACCAAGUUCGGAAGCUAUUGGCGUAGCGCUGUUCUUAUGGCUCGCCGUUAUUGAGAAAUACUACAGCCCGGCGCACGGAUGAUCCGUGAUUCCCGACGGGCAGGUCCAUGCGCUGAAAGAUCU